UGCGUUGGUCAGGUCACGAAACUAUUUUAAAAACGUAAAUUAUAUCUUUGGUGUAAAUUGUUUUGUAAUAAAAGUGCCAAGUAUCAACCCAACCCUCUUCCAGUUUAAUAAAUAACAAGUUGAAAACAACCCUAAUUUCAAUGAAUAAUUACCGAGCCAGAUAUGUUCGGUUCAUUUAAUUACCAAAUACAAAUCGAUUUUUGACUUAAACCAGCAACCAUAGAUUUAUUUCUCCUCGAAAAUCUGACAAAGUCAGUCGAAAAUUAUGUCUGAGGUGAGCAAACUUGUUCCAGAAAUGAGUAAUUUGUCGGUUUUAGGACUACACUUUUCGGAAUGUUUUCGCACGGGAGAAAAAAAUUCUAACAAUUUCAGGAUUCUAUCCUUUAAGAGAGUACGAAAAAAACUAUUUUCAUUUUUUCAGCGGUACGAUUCAAUGGAUUAUUUCCCUGGGUAUGCUUUUCUCGAUGAUAAUUCAAUCGGUAAUUAAACGAAAUGAUUUGAUGGUCCUUUCGGAAACUUUGUACUUUUUAACAACUCAUUUGACCUUUGUGUGCAAAUUGGCCAACUUGGAGUACCACAAAAAGCUGUUGCUUGAUAUUGAAGACAUGUUAAAAACAACCAGAUUUCAGAAAACACUAUCCCUUGAUUUAAUAGAAAAGACGGGAAUGAAUGAAAAAAUCAGAAAAUUUAAUUUAGUUGCAAAAACAUUUCGGAUUGUUUGUGUAUGGUGUGUGGUUCUUUAUGUCCUGGUACCGUACUUUGAUCCAGGAAAAUCAAAGACUUUGCCGACACCUGGAUGGUUCCCGUUUAAUUGGACUGAUAAAUAUUAUUACGGAACUUAUUUCUUUGAAGUUGCUGGUAUUUCAAUAACCGCUCACAUGGAUUCCUCCAUUGAUAUUCUGUCGUGGCUAUUAGUAACAAUAGCUUCAUUCCAGUGUGAUAUUUUGAAAGAAAAUUUAAAAAACAUUUAUUACAAUUACGACAAAGAACAUGAUAUUCGGGAAACAUUCAAGGAUUGUAUAAGACAUCACGAAGAGAUUAUCAAAUUCACAACCAAAGUCGAGCAAAGUUUUUCGCAAGGAAUUCUUUUGCAAUUUCUGUGCAGUGCUCUUGUUAUCUGUUUUACCGGCUUCUUAAUGCUUGUUGUCCCAGUAUUAACUUUCCAAUUCGCUAACACGAUUAUGUAUUUCUGUUGUAUGAUGAUACAACUUGGAAUGUAUUGUUGGUACGGCCACGAAAUUAUGACCACAAGCGAUGAAAUCGGUCAGUACUUCUAUCUGGCAAAUUGGUACGACUCGAGCUUGACUCUGCGGAAAGAUUUUGCAAUAUUUUUAGAAAGAGCCAAAAGGCCCAUUACUCUAACCGCUGGAGGCUUUGUUGUUCUGUCUCUGAAUACUUUUACUCGCAUUUUGCGUUCGUCUUACUCGUAUUUUGCGGUAUUGAAACAUCUAUACAACAACAAAACAUUUUUUUUAACGAUUGAGCUCAAUUUGAUUGUUUACAACGUCUUUUUCCAAGACGCCAGACACGACUUGUCCAAACUAUCCGAAACCCUGCUCUAUUUCAUGACACAUGUUACCUACAUGUGCAAACUGGCAAACUUUGGAUACCACCGAUCCAAAAUGCUGCACAUUGAAGAUUUACUAACACGUUCGCGAUUUUACGGUUUUGCCAGCAAUGAACUGAAACAAGUCACUCAAAAAGUUGCUUCUACGAAAAUGGUUGGCACAACAUUUCGCCUAUUGUGCGUCGUGUGUGUUUUUGCAUGGGGUAUGGUGCCAUAUAUCGACCACACCAAAGCUCAGGCUUUGCCAUUGCCUGGAUGGUUGCCUUAUAAUACAACCAAAUAUUACUACCCGACUUUUGUGUUCCAAAUGGUCGCUCUGUCCAUCACUGCGUGUAUCAAUUCGACCAUUGAUAUCCUGACCUGGAUGCUGAUAACGAUAGCUUCGGCACAGUUCGACAUUUUGAAAGAAAAAUUAAAAAGUAUUGACUAUAGACAUGAACUGGUGACAAUCGAAUUCGAAUUUAAAGCAUGUGUGAAGCACCACAAAGAAAUCGUAAACUUUGUCCAUAAGAUCGAACACACAUUUUCCAAAGGCAUUUUUUUACAAUUCUUCGCCAGUGUGAUUGUUAUCUGUUUCACUGGAUUUUCGAUCAUGAUUGUGCCGCUGUUUAGUAUGCAAUUCGGUUAUUUGCUAUUUUAUUUCUUGUGCAUGAUGACACAGGUGGGAAUGUAUUGCUGGUAUGGCCAUGACGUCAUGACAACAAGCAACGAAAUCGGGCAAUAUUUCCACAUGUCCAACUGGUACGAAUCUGAUUUGAGAGCAAGACGAGACUUGGCGAUUUUUUUGGAAAGAAUUAAAAGGCCUGUGACUUUGACUGCAGGGGGUUUCAUAACAUUGUCUUUGACGACUCUGACUCGUAUUCUGAGAUCGUCGUACUCAUAUUUUGCUGUACUUCAACAUUUAUAUAAAAAUUCUUAAUUGAUUUGAAGAAAUAACUAGCACAAUCACACUGUUUUGGAUGCAAAUUUUAUUUGAUCUUACAAAAAAUUACAAACUAG